AUGGGUUGCGUACGUUGUGAACAUCAAUGUAACUGCACUGAUACUAAAUGCGGUACUGGAUGUGGAUGCGUUAAAUCAUGCAAAUGCACAUGUAAAAAUGGACCAAAAGAAGAUUGCUGCAAAAAAAAUUGAUAUCAAAGAAGUUCACAGUACAUAAUAAUGAAAUACCUUCAUCACCUUAUUAAUUUUUGCGUUUAAAUUUUGGGCUAUAUAGUCAGAGUAUAAGAUAAUAAAAGUGUAUUGAUAAAAUAA